CCUCAACAAUAUCCGAGGCCAACACUGACUGCUACAAAAGAUUUGAAAUGGAACACGGCGGCAUUCCCCGAAAACCAAAUGAUCCAAUUGAGCCAACUGGGAAUAUAAGAUUACUCUGUUGUAUGUUAAAAUACAACAAAUAUUGCGUUCCGAAACUCCUAGAAGACAAAGGAUGCCACCCCGCUGCUGCUCUACAGUCUGCGACGGAGAUAGAGACCAGAUUGAAAAAUUGUCCAACACCCAACCCGUUAUGCGUCCCUCCACGACAGUGCAAGCAAAGCUUACCCGACGCCAAAUUCAUUUGCGAGUACAGAUAUAAAAAGGAACAUGGAACCAUAGCUCCAAAGCGUCGUGCAGACCUGCAACCGAGAGAUCAGGGCCGAGACAAGCUGCACAAAAAACGUUGCUGUCUAAUGCAAUACAACAAGGAUUGUGUUCCGAAAAUACUCCAGGAAGAGUUCGUAUGUAGUGAUCCAGAUUUUCUUGAGGUGUUCUUCGAACAAAUACGAACUGAGUGUGGAACAUCCAAGUGGGACUGUACAGGCGUCCCUGCACCACAGUGCGAUGACGAGCAAUUAUCCAACGCGAGGAAAAUUUGCGAUUACAAAUAUGCGGAUGAGCACGGAACCAUAGCUCCAAAACAUCGUGCAGACCUGCAACCUAGGGAUAUGAGCCCUGCUGAGGUGCACAGACUACGAUGCUGUCUAAUGGAAUACAGCAAGGAUUGUGUUCCACGAUUUCUGAAACAUUACGGUUGCACUGAUCCAGAUUUUAUUGAGACGUUCCUCGAGCAAGUACGCGAUGAAUGUGGAACUUCCAAGUGGAACUGUGGGACUACACCGAAGUGCAACAAGGAAACAGUGACCGACGCCGACACUGAGUGCGGCACAAAAUACACGCAGGAGCACGGCGUUAGUACUCUAAAACCCAAUGAACAACCAGACAAUGCAGACAAGAGCAACGAGAUGCGCAAGCAACAGUGCUGUUCCAUGGAAUACAGCAAGCACUGUGUUCCCGAAGUGCUAAAAAGGAAAGGAUGCAGUGAUGAGAUUGCUGCGUCUUUCAUUGCACAGAGGAAGAAGCUGAUGGCGGUAAUGUGUGGAACGUCGAUGGGGCACUGUGAUUUCUACAAGAGCAAGAGCACUGGGCAUCCCAUAGUUCCCAUACGGACUUUGUCAACAUUCAUCUUUGUGAUGUCGGUGGGAACAAGCGGCUUUUACGGCCGGUUAUGGUAUCUGCAGGGUUAACUUACCAUUAUAAAUUAUCAUUAUCAGUUUUAUUUUCUUGAUAUUUUCAAUAGUUGAGCAUCGAGGCACAACGACAGGCAAUAAAUAGGUGCUAUG